UUUUUUAAAAUUUAUUUAUUUAGUAUGAAAACCAAGCAAGAUAAAACAGUACGCCACGCCAUAAUAAAUUAAAUUUCAAUUCUACUGUCAUUGUGCGGCAUUGGCAUUUUCUCUUUAUCGAUGAAGGGUCACUAUCUGCCUUGAGUCCAUAUAUUGAAUUCUGAUAAGAUAGGCAAUCUUUGCCUAUCCUAUCUGCCCAAGAGGACGCAGCGCCAUGGUGACUACUCUAUGAAUUGCAUGUCAAAUCGAAGCAAUCGAGGUUGAAUAAUUCGGUCAGAAACGCUUUUCCUAGUCUGAGUAACUUUUAAAAAAUUGAAGCAUUUUCAAAGAAUACAACGGAAGUUAAGUGAAGGCCAUGGCUGACCCGCUGGAAAAACCUUUGAAAUGGAAUAAGAAUUUCCAAGUUUACGUUGAAAAAAAUAACCUGUAUGAUGUAUUCCAGGAAAUAUUGAAAGAAAUCAUCAUAGCAAAACCAAAGGACCCUUUACUUUUCAUAAAAAAUCAUGCGACUGGAAUCGCGAAAGGGAUUUACAAUCCGCGUGCAUUCAUUGUUGGCCCGAAAAUUGCUGAAAUCAUUGGGAAGCGUUUGGCGAACACGGUUGGAGCACAAUUUCUGUCAUUGGACCAAAUAAUUAAGGAAGCAUCUUCAACUGGACAACCCGAAUUGGAUCUCUUUGCCAAUGGGAUUGAUCGAGGAGAUGAAGAAUCCAGAAAAAUACUGGUUUCUAUUGUUCAGAGGCGAAUUUUUGCGGAUGAUUGCGAGAAGAAAGGCUACCUCUUAUAUGGUUUCCCUCAGAGUAAAGCUCAAGCAAUUUGUGCUCAGAAAAUGGGUCUUCUUCCACGUCAGGUUUUCGUCUUCCUGCCAGAUACGCGACUCCGAACCGAGGAUGAUGACGAGCUUGAAGGCGAAAUUGAAGGUCGCACAGUUGAUAAUAUGGCACUAACAAUGACUUUGUCAAGGAGCGCCAUGAAAAACAUAAGCCCCGAAUUGCACGCCCUGCUACUGAAGGAUAUAAGUGCUUCUUACCAUUAUGACAUUUGCAAAGUCAUUUCGUUUGACAAACUAGUGAAAACUUCUAAAGCUGAUCUCGAUUCAGAAUUAACCGGAAUUUUGAUGACCUGGAAGCCUUUGGGAAGUCCUUUUAUUCCAAGGGUAGUAAUUAUGGGGCCUCCUGGAAGUGGAAAGUCAUCAAUUGCGGAAUUUCUAUGCAAAAAGUUUUCAAUGGUGAACUUGGAUUGGGUAGAAUUAGUCAGAGGGGCAGAACGUUGGAAUGACGAAAUUGCACUGGAAGCUAGAACUUACCUGACAAACCUCGUUCCAAUGGCUGAUGAAGUGGUGAAAACAAUAAUUUCGAGGAGACUUCAAAAACCAGAUUGCGAAAAGAGGGGAUGGAUACUUCAUGGAUUUCCAGAGAACAUUAAGCAUUGUAAAAUCCUCGAGACAUUAUACCUAGAACCUAAUCGGAUAUUUAUGCUGAGUUGUUCUCAAGAACUUUCUGCUGCCCGGAUGCUAAAGAAAAAGAAGAACAUUCUCAAACGCGAGCUGAACGGGGUGGCUGGAACAUUGGGCAACAUUGAGAAAGGAAAUUACCUGAUAUUUCCAUUUAGUGAAGCAUCUGUGGAGAAACGAUUUGAAAAUUUUGCAAAGUCGUUGGACAGCAUAAUCCCACAUUAUGGAUCAAGGAUCAUUUACGUAGACGCAGCAAUGAAGCCAUCCGACGUGAAAAACUUUGUGGAGACUUCUAUUCACCGACCACCAAUUCCACACAAUGCUUGAAAUUAAAUGAUGCUAAUCAUUUCAAUCCUCACCAACAUUUCAGUCGACAUAACUUGAUUUGUAUUUUAUUGAUUCGUAAUAAGCUACUAGCAUAAUGUGGACAUGGGAUAAGAAUAAAAAUACCCAUAUUUUCUGCUGAUAAAAACACGACUCUUGUUCUAUUUAAUUCGGUCGAUAUUUGCGUGUAUAGUAAAAAUUCGUUAAACUUAAAUAUAGUAAUAUUUUUAAAACAAAAGUUUGUAAACAACAA